UAUAUAUUCAUGAAGCAGCGCGGCCGGGGUGAAAUAGAAGAGGAAGAGGAACUCGGUGUUCCCGGCUCCGCACGGACCCGGCUCUUCCCCUUUAUCCAGCGCUGCCCCGCAGGAGCCGGACUCGCCCCCCGCUGCAUCAGCUCUGGGGGCCGGGAGGAGAAGAGUUAACAGUGCAGCUGUAAGAUGAAACCUCCAUCUGGGCAAGGCAUAAGGUUGGCAUACCUUCUCCUGAGUCUGGCUCCCCUCUGCCUUCCCAGCCCUCUCUGGAAGGACCGCGAUUCCCUGAUGCAGGAGGAGAAAGCCCAAAGGACAGGUGGCAACUUGGUGCUGAGUAGGCAGGAGCAGCAGCUCAGCACAAAGCUCGUCAGCCUCAAGAAGAAGGAAGUGGAAGCAGCCAUGAGUACAGGACAGUUUCCUCCAAGCAUGCACUUCUUCCGGGCAAAGAGCCUCAUUGAUCAGAGCACGGUGUUCAGCAUCUUAAAGCGCAUGCCAAAAGGUGCUGUGCUCCACCUGCACGACUUGGCCAUGCUGAGUGUGGGCUGGCUGGUGUACAAUGCCUCCUACCUGCCUGACUGCUACAUCUGCUUCACCAGCACGGGCUCCGUCCGAUUCCGCUUCUCCCGGCCGCACCCUCCGCACCCGCUGCCGGCCCAGUGCUCCCAGUGGCUUCUGCUGGGCUCCUACCGGGAGCAGCUCAGCGACGUGGCCGAGUUUGACAGAGGUUUGCUGAGAAACCUGACCCUGGUGACAGAUGCCCCUGAGCUGGCCUACCCCUCUCAGGCUUUCAUUUGGAAAAGAUUUGAAGAAAUCUUUCUCAUUGCCUCUGGACUUAUCUGCUAUGCACCUGUGUUCAAGGCCUAUUUCUACCAGGGGCUGCUGGAGCUCUAUGAAGAUAACAUACAGUAUGUUGAGAUAAGAGCUAUCCUGCCUGCGGUGUACGAACUGGAUGGCACCCAGCACAAUAAAUCAUGGUCUGUGGCAACCUACCGGGAAGUGACCAGGCAGUUUGUGAAGGAGCACCCAGACUUUGUUGGAGCCAGGAUUAUAUUUACAGCACACAGGAUGCUGAAUGUUUCCCAGAUUAAAGAAGCCAUCCUCACUGCCAUGGCACUCAGAGCCCGCUUCCCAGACACCCUGGCAGGCUUCGACCUGGUUGGUGAUGAGGACGAAGGUCAUUCUUUAUGGGACCUGAAGGAUGCCCUGACCAUCCCGUAUUCCAUGGGGGUCAACUUGCCAUACUUCUUCCAUGCUGGGGAGACUGACUGGCAGGGCACCUCUGUAGACAAUAAUGUGCUGGAUGCAUUGCUACUGAAUACCAGCAGGAUUGGCCAUGGACUCGCUCUCAUUAAACACCCAGUAGCCAAAAGUUUGUCUCUGAAGAGGGAUAUUCCUGUAGAGGUCUGUCCCAUCUCCAACCAGGUUCUGCUGCUUGUGGCUGACUUGAGGAAUCACCCUGCAGCUGAUCUCAUGGCUGAGGGGCACCCCAUUGUGAUCAGCCCCGAUGAUCCCUCCGUCUUUGGGGCAAAGGGAGUCUCCUAUGACUUCUAUGAGGUGUUCAUGGCCAUUGGAGGGAUGAGCGCAGACCUGAGGACCCUAAAGCAGCUUGCACUCAACUCCAUAAAAUACAGUGCCAUGCCACCGGAUGAGAAAGCCAAGGCCAAAGAGGUCUGGCAGAAAAAAUGGGACCAAUUUGUGGCUGACCUCUCUGAUAGCUUUCUAAGGGAGCUGUAGAGAGGACAAGGCUCAUCUCAGAAGGCAUUUGGCAAGCUAGAGCGAGCCAGACUGAUUGCUAAGAGGGAGACUUGCUUCUUCCACGUGACCCGAGCAGAUGAAUGGACGUCAAAGUCUCACCUGGCAGUGGGCGACUCUGCUAAGCCAGGCUUAAUGGGCUUAAAGCUAAGAAGGAGCUGCACUAUCCUCUGAAACUCAUGGGCUGGAGAUAAAAGGGAGCAGUGAGCCUUUAGAGCAACUACAAGAAAUCACCCUGCUGAAAAGAGUCAAAACAAUUAAAAAUUGCCAACGACCAAAUCCUGACGUGCUUAUUCAGGAAAAACACGCUUUCCAAUUAGAGUCAGCAGGAGAUUGCCAACACGAGGAUCUCUGAAUUUUGCCUUAUCAUUACAAAAUGCAGACCUUGUCCGGAAACAGCUAAGACAAACAUCCAACCAUUUGGGCCACUGACCUUCAAGAGAGCAAGGACUGAAAAUGACUCUUGUUAUGUUUAACCCUGGGCCUGCCGCCAAAAUAGCAUGGCUAGAUCGAAGAACCAGUCAUAGGUCUGAUGUCUGCUAUUUCAGGACCUACCAUGGCUGGAAACAGGCUGGUGGAACUUGCUCCCAGAACAUUUAAGCCUGGUUGCACAGUGAUCAUAAAGCCAGAAGAGAGGUGCCUCAGUUGCCAGCAUUUUUUUGUUUUACUACAAAGUAUUUUCCUGUCCUCUGGUCAAAAGGAAGACAAAACACAUUUCAGGUUAAGUCAAAAACAUCCUGGCUUCCCAGACCCAGCUUGAUUAAAACUGUCCCCCUGCACAAGGCUGUGUUAACACAGACAUUUAUAGGAAACACCUUUUGGUUUCAGGGAGUUCCACUGCUUUGUUGCUGAACUCAUCGUGCAAAUGUGGCUUUAUUCAGCCUGUCAGAGAGAUUUUCACCUUGGUAGAGAACUGCUGUGGAUAUCCACAGGGCUCAUUUGGAUCUCUGUGGCUCUGUGGUUUCCAGCUCCUUAGCAAAAAAAAAAAAAAAAGACAACCUACACAAGAAAUAGUUUCUUGACAAGCUGAUUCGCUGUCUUAACAUCAUCAAAAAUACCAGGAGGAGAACUAGUUGCAGAGAGACAAAAAAAAAUAAAAAAAAUAAAAUUUUAAUCUAAGGUUUUCUAAAUAAAUUUAGAAAAAUCCUUCAGCACACACAUGCCAAGCAUGCAGCCAGGAUCAAAAAGCAUCUUUCCCUGACUUCAGUACAAUCAUGCUGGUUUGCAUCAGUCAAGGGAGAAUUGACAAAAGUUCCUACCUAAAGACAUCUCCCUCCUCUGAACCACAGACUUGCAAAGGCUGUUGUUUCCUAAUCUGCCCAGCCCAAAUGGCUCUCUUUAUGCUCUCUGUUAAUUGUCUCAAGCUGCCUGGCCAUAGUGUUUGUUUCCACUGACCUUGGUUGGAACACCUUAGCAGGAGGCAAGCACACUUAUUACAGAAGUGGAUCAAGCUGUGCAGCCUGUGUGCCCUGCGUUAAAUUACCCACAGUUCACAGGCUGCAACUUCAUCUCAAGAAAACAAAAACCAACCAAACCCACUACAAAACCCCAUCACAGAACACAAAUAAAACCACAACAAACCGCAGGUGUGUGCAUUGCAGAAGGCAGCAACACAAACCACAGAAAUGGAAAA